UGUCAGCUAUCAGCUGGAACCGUGACUGUUCGUGCUUCUAGUCCUGUUUCUGUUUCCUAAAUCCUGCCGUGCCGAGACAGAGAGAACUUUGUUUUUUGGCUAAAAAGGAAUCCAAGGCUUGAAUCGCCUGACAGUGCGGCAAGUGCAACCGAAUCAAGUUCAAUUAGCCAAAUUCUGUCGAGCCUUCGGACUGGACCAUGUGAUCUACAAUAAAUGCAAUUGUACAUAGGAAAUAUAGUUCACAUACUGUUUCAAAAUCGAUUGUAAAAAUUGAUAAAAGCCUCAUAAUACCCAGUAUUCUGAUCAUGUCCCAAAACUAAAGACUAGUUGAAGCGUGUAAGCGAGAGACGAGAGAGAGAUAGAGGCAAAAAGAGACACAGAGAAAAACGAUCUGGCCUAGAUAUAUAUCGCAUGUGCACGACAACGGAAACGGAAGCGGCAACGGCAGCGGCAACGGAAACGGAAACAGCACCGGAAACGGAAGCGGCAAAGACACCAUUCAGCGUACGGCGUGAGCAAUAAUGACCAAGAAGUACGAAUUCGAUUGGAUAAUUCCGGUUCCGCCGGAACUAACCACGGGCGCCGUCUUCGAUCGCUGGUUCGAGAACGAGAAGGAGACGAAGGAGAAUGACUUUGAGCGCGAUGCCCUCUUUAAGGUCGAUGAGUAUGGCUUCUUUCUCUAUUGGAAGAGUGAGGGUCGGGAUGGCGAUGUCAUCGAAUUGUGUCAAGUGAGCGACAUUCGUGCGGGAGGAACACCAAGGGAUCCAAAGAUACUCGAUAAGGUGAAAAAGAAUGGAACCAACAUCCCUGAACUGGAUAAACGAUCCCUAACGAUCUGUUCGAACACGGACUAUAUCAAUAUAACAUAUCAUCAUGUUAUUUGUCCAGAUGCGGCAACAGCUAAGAGCUGGCAAAAGAUGUUGCGUCAAAUCACGCAUAACAAUCGAGCCACGAAUGUGUGUCCUCGCACCAAUCUGAUGAAGCAUUGGAUGCGAUUGAGUUACUGCGUUGAAAAAAGCGGCAAAAUUCCAGUUAAAACGCUGGCCAAGACCUUUGCCUCUGGCAAAACGGAAAAGCUGGUAUACACUUGCAUUAAGGAUGCUGGCCUGCCGGAUGACAAGAAUGCCACAAUGACCAAAGAGCAGUUUACCUUUGACAAGUUCUAUGCCCUAUACCACAAGGUGUGUCCCCGCAAUGACAUCGAGGAGCUAUUUACAUCCAUCACCAAGGGCAAACAGGAUUUCAUAAGUCUGGAGCAAUUCAUUCAGUUCAUGAAUGACAAACAACGUGAUCCGCGAAUGAAUGAAAUUCUUUAUCCACUUUAUGAGGAGAAGCGCUGCACGGAGAUCAUCAAUGACUAUGAACUGGAUGAGGAGAAGAAAAAGAGCGUGCAACUUUCGCUGGAUGGUUUUAAGCGCUAUUUAAUGUCCGAUGAGAAUGCCCCUGUAUUCUUGGAUCGACUGGAUUUCUACAUGGAGAUGGAUCAGCCGUUGGCCCAUUACUACAUUAAUAGUUCGCAUAAUACCUACUUGUCCGGUCGUCAGAUCGGUGGCAAGAGCUCUGUGGAAAUGUACCGUCAAACUCUACUCGCUGGCUGUCGAUGUGUGGAGCUGGAUUGCUGGAAUGGCAAGGGUGAGGAUGAGGAGCCCAUUGUUACCCACGGUCAUGCCUACUGCACGGAAAUUCUCUUUAAGGACUGCAUCCAAGCGAUAGCGGACUGCGCCUUUGUAUCCUCGGAAUAUCCGGUGAUACUGUCCUUUGAGAAUCACUGCAAUCGCGCCCAGCAAUACAAACUGGCCAAAUACUGUGAUGACUUCUUUGGCGAUUUGCUGCUAAAGGAGCCGCUUUCGGAUCAUCCGCUGGAUCCGGGACUACCUUUGCCGCCACCAUGUAAGCUUAAGCGUAAAAUUCUCAUCAAGAACAAACGCAUGAAGCCAGAGGUGGAGAAAGUCGAGCUGGAGUUGUGGCUUAAGGGUGAACUGAAGACGGACGAUGAUCCCGAGGAGGAUGCAAGUGCCGGCAAGCCGCCAGAGGCAGCAGCUGCUCCUGCACCAGCACCAGAGGCUGCAGCUGCCACCGAAGGUGCCGCCGAGGGCGGUGGUGGGGCCGAGGCAGAGGCCGCUGCUGCCAAUUAUAGUGGUUCCACCACCAAUGUCCAUCCGUGGCUUUCAUCCAUGGUCAAUUAUGCGCAGCCCAUUAAAUUUCAGGGCUUUGACAAGGCAAUCGAGAAAAACAUUGCCCACAACAUGUCCUCAUUCGCGGAAUCGGCGGGCAUGAACUAUUUAAAGCAGAGCUCCAUCGAAUUUGUCAAUUACAACAAGCGUCAAAUGUCACGCAUUUAUCCCAAGGGCACGCGUGCUGAUUCCUCGAACUAUAUGCCGCAAGUGUUCUGGAAUGCCGGCUGCCAGAUGGUCUCUCUAAACUUCCAAUCCUCCGAUCUACCGAUGCAACUUAAUCAGGGCAAAUUCGAGUACAAUGGCGGCUGUGGUUACCUGCUGAAGCCGGACUUUAUGCGGCGAGCGGACAAGGACUUUGAUCCUUUUGCCGAUGCACCCGUAGACGGUGUAAUUGCUGCCCAGUGCUCCGUGAAGGUGAUAGCCGGCCAAUUCUUGUCGGACAAGAAGGUGGGCACCUACGUUGAGGUAGACAUGUUCGGUCUCCCCUCGGACACGGUGAAAAAGGAAUUCCGCACACGAUUGGUGCCCAAUAACGGACUGAAUCCGGUGUACAACGAGGAUGCCUUCGUGUUCCGUAAGGUGGUGCUGCCGGAUUUGGCUGUGCUGCGGUUUGGCGUUUAUGAGGAAAGCGGCAAGAUGAUUGGUCAGCGAAUUCUGCCGCUGGAUGGCCUGCAAGCGGGCUAUCGGCAUGUGUCACUGCGUACCGAAGCCAAUUUCCCCAUGUCAUUGCCCAUGCUGUUCGUGAACAUCGAACUGAAGAUCUAUGUGCCCGAUGGCUUCGAGGACUUUAUGGCCAUGCUGUCGGAUCCGCGUGGAUUUGCUGGUGCUGCCAAGCAGCAAAACGAACAGAUGAAGGCAUUGGGCAUUGAGGAGCAGAGCGGUGGAGCCGCUCGAGAUGCCGGCAAGGCCAAGGAGGAGGAGAAAAAGGAGCCACCGUUGGUCUUUGAGCCGGUCACCUUGGAGUCGUUGCGCCAGGAGAAGGGCUUCCAGAAGGUGGGGAAGAAGCAAAUCAAGGAGCUGGAUACUCUACGCAAGAAGCAUGCCAAGGAGCGUACCUCGGUGCAAAAGACCCAGAAUGCGGCCAUCGAUAAGCUGAUCAAGGGCAAGAGCAAGGAUGAUAUACGGAAUGAUGCCAAUAUCAAGAAUGCCAUCAAUGAUCAGACCAAACAGUGGACCGAUAUGAUUGCCCGCCACCGCAAGGAGGAGUGGGAUAUGCUCCGACAGCAUGUCCAGGACUCGCAGGAUGCCAUGAAGGCUCUCAUGCUCACAGUGCAGGCGGCGCAGAUAAAGCAGCUCGAGGAUCGUCAUGCUAGGGAUGUCAAGGAUCUGAAUGCCAAGCAGGCCAAGACCUCGGCGGAUACCGCCAAGGAAGUGCAGAACGACAAGACGCUAAAGACCAAGAACGAAAAGGAUCGGCGGCUGCGCGAGAAGCGUCAGAACAAUGUCAAACGCUUCAUGGAGGAAAAGAAGCAAAUCGGCGUCAAGCAGGGACGCGCCAUGGAGAAACUGAAGCUGGCGCAUUCGAAGCAGAUCGAGGAAUUCAGUACCGAUGUGCAAAAGCUUAUGGACAUGUACAAAAUCGAGGAGGAGGCCUAUAAGACGCAAGGAAAAACGGAGUUUUAUGCCUAAGAUCGACAUUAAAUCGAUCAAAGGUUCGAGUAAUCAAACCACAAACCAUUACAAAAUGAGGAGAGCACCGCGACAUACCAAAAAUAUAUAUAUGAAAAGAAAAAGAAACAUCAUCGCAGCAAUGAUGUUUUGGGAAAUUUAAUUAAGAUUGAAGAUGCUAAACCCCAUACACUUCUCACAGACACACACUUACACACAUCUUCAAAAGGAUUAACUUUACUUAUAUAUAUACAUUAUAUUUAUGUGUAUAUAUAUGCCCUCAAAGGCAUAUAUGUAUCUAACUUAUCAACUAGAAGUCGAAAAACCAACUGGAAAGUCAACACUUUGUGCUUUAUAUUUAUUUAAGAUUCUGCGCGAUGAUCGCGUUAAAGAUGAGUUAAGAUGAUUGAAUGAUGUUAAGGUAUAUAUUUUAUGCAGACGAAGGCGAAGCUCGUAAAGAGUAUAUUUUAUCCCUCUCGAAUCA